AUGGAACGGCCCCGGUUGAAACGGCUGAUGCAGGUGGCAGCCCCGGUCCUCCGCACGGAGUGGGAAAGGGCAGGCUGUCGUGUGAAUGCGGUCUGGCUGAGCUUGUUUUUCCUUUGCUGUAGGCUCCUGUUCUUUGGCUGUUUUCUGGGCAGUGUUUUUACCUCCGUGGCUCUCGAUUUCCCAGGUACACUGUCUUGCCAUGAUGAUCAGUGGCAAGUUUGGCUUCCAAAGGAACUUGCCAACUCAAGCUUCUGGAGCAUAGACAUUCUUGAUGGAAACGGGGAAGAAAUGGAAGACUGUGAUUAUCAAAUUGACUAUGGAAAGCAGGUGUUGAUGGUUGAGUCCCAGAACUGUACCAAAAUAGAGGAUAACAAGCAUCGCCUGAGAUUUAGGGUACAGUUCAACGAUACAGAGGGGAUAAGCCUCCAGAAUGAAACUUACAGCGUGGACUGCGACACCACCCAGGCCGAUGCAGCGUUUCCCCGUGGUGGCUUCACCAGUGGUACAAACUGCACCAAAAACUUCAUGGCAGUUACAUUCCCAAGGCUGAUUCCCAGGUUCCGUGAUGAACACACGGCUGCCGAGUCUCCGAUGGAGUGGGUUGUAUCGAUGGAGGACAGCACCCAAACGCACCGGUGGAAUCUCAGACAGGCCGUGCAGCAAGGCUACACCUUUCUUUCAGAUGACAAUCAUUUCACCUUCCAAGUCCCAUUCAGUGCUAAGGGAGUCACGGUUUACGAGCAAGAUGGCCACAUGUUGUACACAGCAGCCAUCAAGCUAACCUACGGGCCACCGGAGCAGCGUCUGACUGUGGAAUCGAGAAUGAUCUGUGCCCCAGGCCCAGCAGUCUGCAAUUCGACCCACAUGAUGAUGAUGCUCCCAGCUUUCCCAGGAAAAUUGACAGCUGUUGCUCUGAAUGAGAAGAACAUUCCAGUACCCCAACUUCAAGCCAGUGGCAUUGGUGUGGACACCAGAAGGGGAGUGAAGCUGUACAUUCACAAGAGACUUCUGAACACCCGUGCCUACCGAGAUGAUGAUUGCUCAGGUUUUCAGUUGUACAUCUCGUCUUUGAAGUUGAAUUUUGACUACCGUGGAGAAAUAGCCACCAUGAUUAGCUACCCGGAGUGUCCUUGUGAACCAAAUGCACUGAUAGCCACCACAUGCACGCAAGAUGGAUAUAUGGACUUUGAGAUAGCAAGCAGCAGUACGAAACCAGACUUAAACCUGGAUACCCUCAGGCUUAGAGACCCAACCUGUGGGCCCGUCUCCCGGUCGCCUUUGAACGACAGAGUCCGCUUCCGAGUGCCACUGAAUAGUUGUGGGACCAGGCCAAGGGUUGAUGGUGAGAAGAUGGUUUAUGAAAAUGAAGUGAGUGCGCUUUGGGCAGAUCAGCCCCCACGCUGGAUCUCCAGGGACAGUGAUUUCAGGUUGACAGUGGUGUGCUCUUACGAGGGUGACGAUGCUUUCUUGAAUGUCAAGAUAAGCACCCUUCCGCCUCCUGAGUCUGUAAUCAACCAGGGUCCACUUUCCCUAAUUCUUCUCAUUUAUCCAGAUAAGUCCUACUCAGUUCCUUACAGAGACGACCAGUAUCCGAUUGUAAAAUACCUGCGGCAGCCCAUUUUCCUGGAAGUUCAAGUACUCAACCGCAAUGAUCCAAACAUUCACUUAAUGCUGGACGAUUGCUGGGCUACCCCAUCCUUAGAGCCAGCCUCUUUGCCACGCUGGAACAUUGUGGUGGAUGGAUGUGAAUAUGAGCUUGACAGGUACAAAACCGUCUUCCAUCCAGUGGGCCCAGCGGUCAGUUACGCUAAUUUCCGCCAAAGAUUUGAAGUGAAGGCAUUUGCUUUUGUCUCCAAUGGCAAAGCCCUGCCCAGCCUAGUGUACUUCCAUUGCAGCAUUAUCAUCUGUGAUAGACAGUAUCCAGAUUCUCCUCUGUGUUCUACCCGAUGUCCUCGUCCUUCCAGAAAACGGCGAGAAGAGGCAACAGAGAAGUCUGCUGUUGUGACUCUGCCACAUGCUGUCAUUUUGGUACCAGAGGAGCAAUUUAAGCUGCAAGGCCAGCAGAAGCUGAGUGUCGAGAUGUGGAUCACGGCUUCCUUGAUAGCUGUGUUUGCCUUUUUGGCUACUGCUUCUGUGGUCCUAACUUUGUUCAGAAGGUGGAAAGGAUCCGGCUUGAUGAACUGAAUAAAAAGAGCCGUCGGUUA